ACUUAAUACUUAAAACUUGAUGACCGCAAACUUGCAAUUAAUGUUUUAUGUCAUUAAAGGUACUUCCCUCUUACAACAAACAAAUCGGCAAGCUUGAAGCAGAGUCUACGCGCUGGCGCAGAAAACUGUAUGACGCUAAUAAAGAUUUGGAAAAGCUAAAGAAGGAAAUUCAAGAAUCAAAGUAUGUGGAAAUUUUAAAGAUAUACCAAAAAGGAAAGGAUUUGGAGGUUCGUUAUUCGAAGCAGGACAUAAAUAUAAAUCACAUAUCCGGCAUAAAUACAGAAUUUUUGCGUGAUUCAGAUAAACUACGAAAGGCCUUUGGCAUGGCAUGUGAACUGCUACAAAAAUCGCACCCCAAUCUCAAUAGUGAUAUGAAAGAUAAAUAUGAACAGCUGCAGCAUUUUAUAAAAAAUCACACAUAUUUUGGACAUGAUGAUUAUAAGAAGGACAGUGAUAAAGAUUUGGAAAUACCAAUACUGCAAAUCAAUGGUAAACGUGUCUAUAAAAUCAAUACGGUCGAUUUGCCUGCGUCUACGAGCACCGUAAAGAAGCCUCGUAGGAAAAGUCCAGAACUAGAAACUGACUAUGAGUUAGGUUUAGAUGUUAUGGAUGAUACCGACUCAGACGAUGGUAUUAGUGUUUUCAAAAAACCUUCAACCAUACCCAGUAAUAUGGAUGAAACGCAUGUGCUAUCAUGCACGGCCGAUGAUGAAUACAGCACGAAUUCAGACGUUAGCGCGAUAAAGUCUACGGCAUAUAAUAAAGAAAAUAGUCAGUUAUUGCGAAAAAACAAUUUGGUCAGCAAUAUCCUGUCAGAGCAGAUUGCAAGGGUUCCAAUAAACAAAGAUCGCGUUAAGAGUGCAUUACUUAAAUCUAAAGCAUUCAAUCAUCACAGCCUUCUAAAAACUGUAGCUGUUGGCGUUCAAAAGGAAAACAGAAAAUUCAGUCCAAUGAGAGUACGCAAAAGUCCGAGAAGUAUAAUGGUUAAGUCACUCGCGACCACGGCUAACCUAGUGAAGCGACAGGCAGUUCGCUCGGCCAAUACCACUAGCAAUGACCCAAUCGUUCGAAUAAAUCGGGCCGCCUCUUUUCGAGUAAAGAAAUAAUAUCGCCUUAAAAAAAUUUAAAUCAAAUACAUAUUUCUUUCUAAUGUAAUAUAGUUUACUCAUUUAUAUCGUACACUCUCAUAUACAAACGCUUACGUGCAUCCAUACAUUUGUAUUAUCUAUACCAUGAUAAAAACAUAGCAAGGUAUAACCGUUCUCUCAAUUUGUCGGCCAUGAUUUUUUUUUGAAG